GCCACAUAAAAAAAAAGUAUAAAUUUAAAAAAAAAAUUUAGAGAAAGAAAAAGAGAGGAGAGGAGAUGAGAGAGAUAGAGAGAGGGAUUGGAGGGCACUUUACCACUUUUAUAUGUUGCACGCAUCCAUAGCAGGCAAUAGAAGGAAGACAGUACUUGAAAACCAGAAAAGAAAAGAGAAGAAAACCUACCAAACUUAAAACCACAGAACCAAGAAGAUAAAAGAUGGUUCCAAAAUGAGAUUUUUUUUCUUCAUCAACUGCGGAAUUGGAGAGAGAGAGAGAGAGAGAGAGCUAGACGGCCGAAAGAGAAGAAGCUAAGAUGUGUGCUGAAAUGGUUUUCCCCCUGACUUCUGCAUGCAUUUAGCCAACUUUCCACCCAGAUAAUUCAAUUUAGUUUUCCCAGGUUUUCCAGCUCCAACCUCUGUUUUUUGUUAUUCCAAAAUUUUGAUUUUGCAAGUAAAACCUUUUGGGGAGGUGGGUGGUUCUCGAUUCUUGGAAACUGGAGAGUUUUGGGUUGUUUGCUCUGUUGGAGUUUCUGUUCUUGUUGAUUUUCUUAGAUGAAGGCCAUGCCCCUACCCUUUGACGAUUUUCAAGGGAAGGGGGUGUUAGAUUUUUCUUCUUCUUCUUCUUCUUCUCUGGAUUCUUUCUCUCAACUACCACCACAAAAUCAACAGCAACAGCAACAAAAGUGGCAGAACAACAACGCCAAAGAAAAUUACUGCUAUGUGGGCAGUGAGCCCACGUCUGUGCUUGAAGCUAGAAGAAGCCCGAGCCCUCCAACAUCCUCCUCAACACUGUCUUCUUCACAAGGCGGAAGUAACGGCGGUGGAGGCGGCGCCUCCACCGAAACCACCACCGGCGUGGCAGCGGCUGUUUCUGGCUUUCCCUCUGGAGAUAUAAGUACUGAAAAAUGUGGGCAGCUUGGAAUGGAGGACUGGGAGGGUGUGCUGCCUGGGUCUCCUAGUCAAGAACAAUCUAUUUUGAGGCUAAUUAUGGGGGAUGUUGAGGACCCAUCUUUGGGAUUGAACAAGCUCUUGCAAAGUGGAAGUGGGUCACAAGAGAUGGAGUUCAAUGCAGGUUUUGGGGUAGUGGAUCAGGGUUUCGGCUUUGAGCCCAUGAAUAGUAGCAGCUUGGUGAACAACAUUGACCCUUCUGUUCAUGGAACUUCUUCUGAGUUUCCUCUUCUCAGCCACAAUGCUAAGAAUGGUUCUGUUUUAAGCCAAAACCCGAACCCGGUGAUUCCUACCUCAGCUGGCAACCUGUUGCUGGGUAUGUUUCAACACGGAGAGGAGAAGCCACAGAUUUUCAAUCCACAGGUGACAACCAACCAAAAUCCAGCUCAGUUUGGCGAGAAUCCGGCUAUGUUCUUGCCUCUGUCUUAUGCCCAGUUGCAAGAGCAUCAACUCUUAUCGGCACCACCAGCAAAGCGGCUUAAUUCCGGGCCCUUUGGUGCCAACUAUCAGGUGCCAAAGGUUCCAUUUUCCGAUUCAAAGCCAGACUUAUUUCUCCAACGACAGCAACAGCAGCAGCAUCAGAUUCAAAUGCUCCAACAGCAGAGACCAGCAAUGAUGAAGCAAAAGAUUAUGACGGAUGAAUUGGCGGUCCAACAGCUUCAGCAGGCGAUAUUAAACCCAAUAUGCCAGGCAGCAGAGCUGAUCGAAUCCGGCAAUCCAGUACUCGCGCAAGGGAUAUUGGCGCGGCUCAAUCACCAGCUCUCUCUUUCGAUCGGCAAGCCUCAUAUUAGGGCCGCUUUUUACUUCAAGGAGGCGUUGCAGUUACUUCUUCACAUGAACAACACUACCAUCCCAUCCAGUGUGUCCGCUUGCAGUCUUAUUUCAAAGAUUGGCGCUUACAAGUCCUUCUCUGAGAUCUCGCCGAUUCUUCAGUUUGCCAAUUUUACUUGUAAUCAAGCCCUCCUCGAGGCCUGUGAAGGUUUUGAUAGAAUUCAUAUUAUUGAUUUUGAUAUAGGCUUUGGUGGGCAAUGGGCUUCUCUGAUGCAAGAGCUGGCUAUGAGGAAUGGGGGUGUCCCUUCUCUUAAGAUCACUGCCUUUGCUUCUCCUUCGUCCCAUGAUGAGGUCGAGCUCGGCUUUACUCAAGAAAAUUUAAGAAUUUUCGCUAGUGAAAUCAACAUGCCUUUCGAGGUUGAAAUUUUAGGCCUUGAAUCUAUAAAUUCUGGUUCUUGGUCAUUGCCUUUUCGUGCAUCUGAGAAAGAAGUAAUUGCUGUAAAUCUUCCAAUUGGGCCCUUCUCUAAUUACCCAUCAUCCCUUCCCGUGGCACUUCGCUUUGUGAAGCAGCUCUCGCCUAAAGUUGUCGUCUCCUUGGACAAAGGCUGCGACCGAACUGACCUGCCAUUUGCCCACCAAGUAAACCAUUCUAUUCAAUCUUAUUCAAGCCUGCUUGAAUCUCUGGAAGCUGUGAAUAUGAACCUCGAUGUGCUGCAAAAGAUUGAGAGGUCCUUGGUCCAACCAGGUAUUGAAAACAUUGUUCUGGGUCGUCAUCGCCACCCUGAUAGGACUCCGACAUGGAGGAGUCUGUUUCUACAGACUGGAUUCACUCCAUUCCAAUUCAGUAACUUUGCUGAAUCACAGGCUGAGUGCUUGGUGCAGAGGACUCCUGUUAGGGGAUUUAACGUUGAAAAGAGGCAGUCUUCAUUGGUUCUCUGUUGGCAGGGGAAGGAGCUCAUCUCAGCUUCAGCUUGGAGGUGUUGAGGAAUUAGAAAUAGCAUUUCAGACAUUGGUUCUACUUCUACCAAUUAGUCAUUGUUGCUGAAGUUCCUCAUAACUUACUAGUUUAGUUUCUGAACUUUAUGAAUUUUUCUUGUGCUAAUUUUCUAUGUGCCCAUGGCUUAUUGUUUCCAAUCAAGAAAUGAAACAUUUUAGUAACUGGAUUGCUGUGUA